AUGAGUUUGUCAUCAUUCUUGCGAGUAGCAGCAAUUGCUGUCUUUGCCACAUUAAUGCAUGUUGAAUAUGUCCAUGGCCAGGCAACAGGUGAAAAGACCCAUCCAAAGCUCGCCGAAUUGGCCCAGAAUGCAGGCAGUCUUAAAGUUGAUUUAAAGAGAGUUUCGGAAAAAAUUGAAAAUAAGGCACUUACAAGUGCAAAGGAAGUAAAAGAAUGGAUUGAUUUAGCCAAAAAUAUGCUUGGUUAUAUGAUGGCAAAAUCGUUAAGAUUAGCAUUUACCUUUCCAAAAAGCUCGAAAUUUGCAAAUAAUAUCUGGGAAUUUCGAAGGGAGAUUUUGAAAGAACUUUCAACAGUUCUGGCAAAUAUGAAGAGACAGAAGUCAAGAGCAAACAUGAGGAAGUUCCUGAAAAAGUAUAAAAAAUUAUGCCAAGAUCUCGAAGUGUGGAUAAAUACAAGAACAACACAAAAGCCUUGCCCGACACAAGUUCCAUGUCCAACCCAAGAGUCAUGUCCCACACAGGAACCAUGCCCGACAGUCACAUCAUGUCCCACAUACAAACCAUGCCCAACUACGCCACGUAAAGAUGCAGAGAUGGAUGACAACUUUAUCAUACUUGUGGAUACAUUUCAAGACUCGGUCUUCCAGAUUGACGCCAACGACCCAAAUAAUUAUCGCUUGGUCACUAAAACUGGCUCAAAUCCCGUAGCCAUAGCGUAUGAUCCGGUUGACAAACGGAUAUACUUUACAGAUGUCGAUGAGAAGACCAUCAGAAGCGUCGGUUUAGAUGGAUCUGGUUCAGAGAUCAUCAAGAAACUCGGAGCUGAUUCGGUACCAGAUGGUCUUGCCAUUGAGCCAAAUUCGAGACUUUUGUACUACGCUGACGCAGGGCGAAAUAGUAUUUCCGUGAUGGCUUUAAAUGGGUCUUGCGAGAGAACAUUAGUGCAUGACAAUAUUACCCAUCCAAGAGCAAUUCAGCUAGACAUUAUCAACAAGAAAAUGUAUUGGUCUGACUGGGGUCUGGGGCAGAUAGAUGUCGCUAAUCUGGAUGGCUCAGGCCGCCAGCGGAUAUCCAUUAACAAGGACGAAUGGCCAAAUGGCUUAGCUUUAGAUGUGAGAAGACAACUAUUGUACUUCUGCGAUGCAAAGACGAACAACAUCGAAGUUAUUGACCUUAAAAACAACAAUGCCCGGAGCGUAGUACUAAAGGUGCCAGAGAGUUUAUCAGCACGUACGCAUUUCUUCGGCAUCACUCUUGACGAGACGUAUCUUUAUCUGAGCGAUUGGGAGAAAAGACAGCUUCAUAGGAUCACCAGAGUGGGUGCAUCUAGCUACCACGACAAUAGUUUUGGUCCACAACACUUCAUCCGUAUCAAUGGCCUUCAGAUUUAUAAGUCUUCUCUUCGUAUUAUUGAUGCUUCAGUGUGCCAGACAAAUAAUGGAGGUUGCCCAUGCCUGUGCAUCCCUUCGAAUUCAUCUGCUGGUAGAACCUGUAUGUGAUAUAAUAAACGACUGCACUGUGCUGAAAGACAGUACCUUAUCACCCUUGCGAUGCUUGUAGCACUUUACUAGUUCAUUUACUAUUAGAAAUUCAAAGAUAUACACGAGAAGAAGUCACAUGCAGAAGUCACAUGCAGAAAAAUUAAAAUACCAAUCACAAAGGCCAGACCGCAAUAUGAGCUGCACAAUAAUACAUAACUUGUUACCAGCUGAAA